UUGAGCUGCCACUCUGUUUCCUCUGUUUCUUUCACCCUUUCCCUCUCCCUCCCCGUUCGCAUGCCAUUUUUAGCUCCUCAUUUCCCUUCCCAAUCAUCUCCGACCUCCCUCUGCCAAACCAGGACCUCCGAUCGCCCACCGGCGGAACGCGGCCCGUUCCGCAGCCGCAGUGCCAUGCCCCUGCCGCAGGGGCGGAGGAACAACAGCACGAGGCACUGACCGCCGCGGCCCGCCCGAUGGGCAACGUCUGCGUCGGGUCCCGCUUCUCCAAGAACGGCUUCUUCGGCAACAUCUCCAUCUGGCGCUCUCGCUCCGCCACCCCGUCCCAGCCCACCACCACCUCCCGCUCCAUCCCCGUGGUCCAGGUCCAGCCCAGCGAAUCCGCCGCCGACACCAAACCGCCGCCGGCGCCGGGGUCCGCCCAGACCGCCCCUCCGGUGUCCAUCGUCAUCUCCGAGCCGGCGAGGCAGCCCCAACUGCCGGCGCCGGCGCCGCACAGGGAGCCUGACCCGUCACCACCAUCGCAGCAUCAGCAGCCGCCGCAACCGAGGCAGCAGUCGCGGCCGAAGAAGCCGUCGCACAUCAAGCGCAUCUCCAGCGCGGGGCUGCAGGUGGAGUCGGUGCUCCGGCGUAAGACCGAGAACCUCAAGGACAAGUACAGCCUGGGCCGGAAGCUCGGGCAGGGGCAGUUCGGCACCACGUACCUGUGCGUGGACAAGGCGACGGGCCGGGAGUACGCGUGCAAGUCCAUCGCCAAGCGGAAGCUCAUCACCGACGAGGACGUCGAGGACGUGCGGCGGGAGAUCCAGAUCAUGCACCACCUCGCGGGCCACCCGAACAUCAUCUCCAUCCGCGGCGCGUACGAGGACGCCGUGGCGGUGCACGUCGUCAUGGAGCUCUGCGCGGGCGGGGAGCUGUUCGACCGCAUCGUGCGGAGGGGGCACUACACGGAGCGCCAGGCGGCCGCGCUGGCUCGCGUCAUCGUCGCCGUCGUGGAGUCGUGCCACUCGCUCGGGGUCAUGCACCGGGACCUCAAGCCCGAGAACUUCCUCUUCGUCGGCAACGAUGAGGACGCGCCGCUCAAGACCAUCGACUUUGGCCUCUCCAUGUUCUUCCGGCCAGGCGAGGCGUUCACGGACGUGGUGGGGAGCCCGUACUACGUGGCGCCGGAGGUGCUGAAGAAGCACUACGGGCAGGAGGCCGACGUGUGGAGCGCAGGCGUCAUUAUCUACAUCCUACUAUGCGGCGUGCCGCCGUUCUGGGCCGAGACGGAGCAGGGCAUCUUCGAGCAGGUGCUGCACGGCUCUCUGGACUUCGAGUCGGACCCGUGGCCGGGCGUGUCGGAGAACGCCAAGGACCUCCUCCGGAAGGUGCUCGUCCGGGACCCCAAGAAGCGCCUCACCGCGCACCAAGUCCUCUGCCACCCUUGGUUGCAGAUGAUCGGGUCUGCGCCUGACAAGCCUCUGGACUCGGCGGUGCUGUCGCGGUUGAAGCAGUUCUCGGCGAUGAACAAGCUGAAGAAGAUGGCACUGAGGGUGAUCGCGGAGAAUCUGUCGGAGGAGGAGAUCGCGGGGCUGAAAGAGAUGUUCAAGAUGAUGGACACCGACAACAGCGGGCAGAUCAACUUCGAGGAGCUCAAGGCCGGACUUCAGAGGGUCGGCGCCAACAUGAAGGAACCAGAGAUACAUCAGCUCAUGGAGGCUGCUGAUAUCGACUACAGUGGCACCAUUGAUUAUGGAGAGUUCAUAGCUGCCACACUGCACCUCAACAAAGUUGAAAGGGAAGACCAUUUAUUUGCCGCCUUCCAAUACUUUGACAAAGAUGGCAGUGGAUACAUAACGGCUGAUGAGCUGCAGCAAGCCUGUGACGAGUUUGGCAUCGAAGACGUCCGACUUGAAGAAAUGAUAGGCGAAGUAGAUCAAGACAAUGAUGGGCGCAUAGAUUACAACGAGUUCGUCGCAAUGAUGCAGAAAACAACUACCGGGUUUGGGAAGAAAGGUCCUCAGUACAACCUUAGCAUUGGCUUUAGGGAUGCCUUGAAGGCUCACAGAUGACAAUGUGUAGUGUUGUAUUGUAUAUUUGUGUGCCCCUCUU